AUGGCCACCGAAGCUGCAACCCAACUUCCCCAGAGCGGCCCCGACGCCAGCAUUGCCAAUGGCACCGGCAUGGAUGCCCUCAUGGAUGAUGCCAAGAAGAGAGGCUUGCACGAGGAGAUCUCACGUCUGACUGACAACCAUCUGGUGUAUACUGAUGCAGCCGGUGGAAAACUCUCUUUUGCUCCUGUUGACUGGCAGAAGCCUGGUUUGAGGAUUCUUGACUCGGCUACUGCAGAUGGUAUCUGGCUACAGGACCUGCGCAAGCGAGCCGGCUCUGUCGCCGAGAAGCAGACUUACAUUGGCACUGAUCUUGUCACUGACCUCUUCCCCGAUCCUCGCCCCGAAGGGAUUGAGUUCAUCAAGCAGUCCAUUACGGAGCCGUGGCCCACUGAAUGGCACGAAUCCUUUGACCUGGUGCACCAGCGCCAAGUCCUUGGAUUCUGUGGAGACUUCUCUCUCGAGCAAGCCGUCGCCAACCUCUGCGGCCUAGCCAAGCCUGGAGGAUGGGUCGAGCUUGUGGAACUAGACUGCGACCAGAGCACCCUGGGCGAGGGCACUGCUGCGCGCGAGUUCUUCCAGCUCCUGGAGCAGAUCUGGAAGAUCAAGAAGAUGGGGGGUAACUUUGGGCCUAACCUCAAGGAGUGGAUGGAGAAUGCGGGGCUCGAGGAUGUCCAGGUUGAUAUCCUGGAGUGCAAGGUUGGCGCAAGGGCAAAGCCUGAGUUGAAGGAAGCCAGCAUCAACGGCGCAGCUGGCGCUGGUCCAAUGAUUGUGGCCAUGGCACGAACUAAAGCCCUCCCUGAACUUGAAGGGUUCACGUCUGAGCAACUCGACACCCUUGAUACGCGUGUCCGCAAGGAACUCUCAGAGAAGGGCGCCGAGUUCCAAAGUUUCGCUGUCCGAGGCCGUGUACCUGCUGGAGGCCUGAAGCCUAAGAAAUAG